UGAGAUAUGAGCACAACUAAAAAACGUAGCAGAGAUCAGCAAAAUGUUACGAAUGAUUUCAAAUCAAAAUUAGAGAUAAAUACGCCAGCCGAGGAGAUCAGCGAGGAUGACCAGUCGCUCGUAGAAUCUGAUGGUGAUGAACCUGCAGAAUUCCCAGAGAUAAACGCAGAUAGCGAGGCUAGCGACGACGAUGACGCUGAUUCAUUAGACGAUUACGACAGUGACGAUGAUACUUCACUCGCUUCAUUCUCUUCCGUCCCAUCGACUUCCUCAAACGUUUCUGAUUUCAUUGAAAAAGCUACAAAAAAACCUGACGAAACGGAUUACUACGCUCAACCAGCAAAACAAAAGCUUGGCUUUGAAGCAACGGCGAGAACCAUCAAGUCAGAUGCGACAGGCGAAGACAGAACAGUCUAUAGGGAAAUCGAUCCUGGUUACGGCAGUGACAGCUCGACUGAAGACAAUCAGAAUGCUACCGGUGAAGUUCCUGCAGAAUGGUAUGAAGAUAUGCCUCAUAUUGGUUACGAUAUCAAUGGUAAAAAGAUUCUCAAACCUGCUACCAAAGAUGAGCUCGAGAGAUUCUUGGAGCAUACUGAAGGUGAAGCUGACACUGUCCCUUCAAAGAAUAUGCAACAGGAUGUCAAACUUACACAAGAUGAAUUGCGUCUGAUUAGAAGACUCGAACAGGGUCAACUUCCGGAUGACGCUUUCGAUCCAUAUGCCGACCAAGUCGAGUUCUUCACUGGAAAGGGUAAAGAAAUGAUCAUGCCAAUCUCUGGUGCUCCUGAACCAAAGCGUCGUUUCUUACCAUCUAAAUGGGAACACGAGAAGAUCAUGAAAAUCGCUAGAGCUAUCAGAGCUGGUAGAAUCGUACCAAACAAGCCAAAACCACAACCAAAGCCUUCAUUCUAUGCUAUCUGGUCAAACACCGAUGAACACACUCCGCACGUUAUGGAAGCUCCUGCACCUCAAGAAGCACCUCCAAAGACUAUUGAGUCAUUCAACCCACCACCAGAGUAUCUAUUCAACGACCAAGAGCGUAAAGAAUGGGAAGAGACCGAAGAGCAAGACAGAAAACUCAAGUUCAUGCCUCAAAAAUACUCAAAUUUACGUCUGGUACCUGCUUAUGCCAACCUUUUGAAAGAGAGAUUCGAAAGAUGUUUAGAUCUUUACUUAGCUCCACGUGUUCGUAGAACUAAGCUCAACAUCGAUCCUGAAUCAUUGGUACCUAAGUUACCAUCGCCAAGGGAACUCAAGCCAUUCCCAAUUUACAAUGCUAUCAGUUAUACGCACAACUCACGUGUAAGGUCAAUAUCUGUAGAUCCUACUGGUACUUGGUUAGCUAGUGCUGCUGAUGAUGGAUAUGUAAGAGUAUGGGAGUUGUCUGUCGGUAGGUGCGCAUACAGCUGGGAUAUCGGUGAAGGUGAACCUGUUCACUCUCUUGAAUGGUGUCCUGACAAGGAAGUAUCUUUAUUAGUAGCGACAAGCGAGAAACAAGUCGCAGUCUUGUCACCACUUGCUAUUGUUACCCCAACUAUCGCUAAGAAUUCAUCGAAGCGUGCCGACUUCGCUUUCGCCAACCCACAAGCAGGUACUACCAAAAUACCUGAGAUCAAGUACACUCGUCCAAACGAGUCACAACGUGAGAAGGGUAUCCUUAUCAAGAUCGAAGUUCCAGGAACACCAAAGCAAACGGUAUGGCAUAGAAAAGGUGACUACUUUGCAACAGUUGCUUCAGAUGCUGGUAGCAAGUCGGUUUUGAUACAUCAACUUUCCAAGCAUCAAUCACAAGCACCAUUUAAGCGCAGCAAAGGUAGUGUUCAAAAAGUACAAUUCCAUCCAACAAGGCCGCAAUUCUUCCUCGUCACACAAAGAUACGUUAAGUUGUAUGAUCUAGUUCAACAAACACUUCUCAAGACGCUCUUACCUGGUUUAAGAUGGUUGUCUUCAAUUGACGUGCAUCCGUCUGGUGAUAACCUUAUCAUUGGUAGUUACGACAGGAAAGUCUGUUGGUUCGAUUUAGAUUUAGGUGACAAACCAUACAAGACUAUUCGUUAUCACAACAGAGCUGUCAGAGCUGUCAAGUACCACCCAACAUUGCCAUUAUUCGCAUCUAGCUCUGACGACGGUAGCGUACAAGUCUUCCAUGGUAGAGUGUACGAUGAUUUAUCAACAAAUGCUCUUAUCGUACCGCUUAAGGUGCUCAAAUAUCACACACUCUCAUCAGGAUUAGGUGUUUUAGAUCUUCAUUGGCAUCCAACUCAGCCAUUCCUCUUCAGUGCAGGAGCUGAUGGUGUCGUAAACUUCUACAGUCAUUAAUAGAAUUAAAUAUAUUUAUACAUUUCCG